AUGAGUGCACGACGUAAACUACGGCCCCCAGUUCCCGGCAGAUCCAGUAACCAUAUCGACUCUGACGGAAGCCGAGAUGGUGCUAUGUCUUGGGGCGCAUACAAUAUCCGGGCGAGGAAGAUUUCCCGUCAAACGACUCAAGCUAUAUCUACGGACACCGAUACCCUUAGUGAUACUGAUAGUUUAUAUACCCCCGAAAAUGAUGGGCAGAAAUCAAAGCCAUACACUUUACACCAGUCUUUACCUUCCUCAUCAUCAUCAAGUAGCCAAUUGCUGAAGGAUGAUGCACAGAAUAUAACUUCAGUUAUGGAACCUGUGCCCACCAUCAGUAAACGUAAUACGCGAAAGAAAUGGACUUCUGAAAUGAAUGAAUUCAUAUUGCGUACUUACCUAUAUUUAACAAUGAUGGAGACUGACACUAAAGGUUAUUUACAACCAUUACACAUGAAAUUCAUAGAACGAUUCCCAGAUAUGCAGGAUUUAGUAUACUGUGCAGAGUGGACUUCAGCUAAGCUCAACGGAGCUAAAAUUGAAAUACCUGUACAUCUUGAUAACCCUCUAGGAAAGGGCAAACAAAAGAAAUAUAAUAAACCAAAGUGGGAACAAAGAUUAGAAUACAAAGUUAGUGAAUUAAGAGCAAAGAUUGCAAGACUAACACAAUAUAUCAAUGGAAACAGAGGUAAUGAAUGA